GCGAUAUUGGCUGGAUAUCGUGGAACGGCACUUCGCGAACUGACCACACCAAGACCAAACAAGGACCUCACUGCCAUAACACAUUCCGACUUCGAAAAAGCUGCACAAAAUGAUGUGGUAGCAACGAGCAAAAGACUUCAUAUCAAACGCCAUGGCACGAUAUCCGACCUUUGAGGAAUAUGCCUCUCGCAAUGCACACAAGGAAGGAAUCUCCCGAUGCAAUACCCUGCUUUCCAAAAACCCGAAGGAUGUAAAUCUCCUGAUCACAAAACUCCAGCUCCUCUGCGACAGCAAUCAGGAAUACGCUGCCACGCUGGACCAAAUCGUUGCUCACACUCCGCCGAUACAGGACAUCCAAAGUCUGGUCAACGUCGAGGCUUCCGUGAUCCUUGCGCAGAAGAACGCCUUCCCGAUACCGCUCACUUCAGGGCCUCAAGUUUCCGCAUUGUGGACAGCAGCGUUCAAAUCUGCCAACACAUCAUAUCUCAAACUUGACAUCUUGAGUGUACGCUUCUCUCAAGCCGUCAUCGACAAUCGACUACAAGAUGCGCAGCAGACCCUGAUUGCAUGGAAAGCUUUCCAACCCAAGAAUCGAAGCAUUUACAUGGCGCAUGCGGCGUAUACGCAGCUAUUGUCGACUUCGAACGAGGAUUUGCAGGCAAGGUUGGCGGUGAUGUUGGCGAAGAAGGCGGUGAAGGAGAAUUUUGACGAUGAGAAGGAUUUGGACUGUAGAGUUGUUGGUCAAAUACUUGCGAGGCAGGGGAUGAAGGAAGAUCUGGAGGGUAUUCGGGAGAGGCCAUUCCGGGAGAGCAGGGAGGUGUAUGAGGCGUUGGGUUUGAGCGAAAAGGUGGUGUUGCCGACUGCGAAUACGACAAAUAAUGCCGCGGGACCAUCGCCAAGAGACAAGCUGGAAACGAACGUUGCGAGAUUGAAGGAGUCUUUUUCUGGAAGCGUGAAGAACUCCGCGCCUGAGGAAGACUUUGUCAAGCUCGCAGAGGAGACCAUUCGGCUCUUCCACAAUGCGAUCUCAGAUCAGGACCUCGCUCGAUCUCGCGGUCCUGCCGACGCCGCCUUUCUCGCCAUCUCCUCCUUGGUCCAUGUCUUCACCACCAGCGGCUCUCAAAUUCCGCUCCUCCAAGCAGCCUUCGUUGCCGAAACCCUGCUAUCUCACAACCCGCACAUACACGAAGCCAGGCUAAUCCUCGUUUACCUCUAUAUGCGCCUACGGCUUGGCACCCUGGCCGCCCACUUUUACAACUCCCUCGAGAUCAAAGAGGUCCAGAAUGACACCGUCGGCCAUGUCCUAUUUACCCGCCUAUCCCUAACACAGCCCUUCCGCUCCACAUCAUCGACAUCUCAGGACGUCCUCGACCCACACGAACGCUCUGCGAAAGCUCUUCAAAUCUAUCCGCGCCACGAGUCUCGCCUGGCAGAUACAGAAGCCGGAGUACCAGAUCACGGUCAGAGCGGGAUGAUCUUCGACUUGCAAGCUCUUCGCACGACGUUACGGACGAGUCUGCCGAGGCGAAUGCUUCUUCUGGAACACCGCCGCAUCGCUCGAAUGACGGGCAAGGCAGGGAGCAAAAGUGCGGUGGAUGCAUUGGGACCCAGAGUACUGGCAAACUGGCGUAAUUGCAACGACUCGAGAGACUUCCACGCGGCUUUUGAGUACGGUUUCAAUGUUGAAGAGGCCUUAUACGGAGAUGGCAAGAUAGGCAAGGUCGACGAGAGGUGGAUGUUGCUGAUAUUGGCGGCCGAUGUUGCGGCUUCUCUCGCCAAUGGACAGGUGCCGCUGAUCGAAGAUUCACAGACCUUGCUGCAGCUUCUGGAACAACAAUUGACAGACAGCAAAGAGUCGAAGGGUGUAAACGAAGUCGAGGAGAAAUGCGCAGAAAUCACAAGAAGAACGCUACAGCUUCUCUUGUCCUUCCCACGCACAUCGACUACGUCCGAUGACGAGGCCGGAGAGAAGGCCCGCAGCGAUGCUCUCACAGCUUUGUCGGCUUGCGUCAAAGAUCUCCCGCUCAACGACAUUCUGUCAGACCCAGCUUCGGCCGACAACCUGGCCGAAAAGCUUCAGACUCACUACGCGCUCCUGGACGUCUUCCGCACCAUCCUCGUCACCUGCCGCCGACUCCUCACUCCUCCCAAGCAUGCUUCCGUAUCAGAUGACCUCAAAGCUGGCCUGUCUGACCUCAGAUCAUUGGUCGAAGACCUCGUUCGAGAAGUCAUGGCAUCGGCGAGGAGAGGACGAGAUGCUCUAUCAGUGCGAAACUUGCGAGAUCAGAUAUCAAGCGGGACUGCUGGGAACGAGGGGCGAGGAAAGGAUGUUUGGCAACUGUUAGAGUGCAGUGGCACGGGAAUGGAGGGAUUCGUGAAUGCCGUUGUGGCAAGCGCGAGGGAGGGAUGGGAAGGUGUGGAGAAAGUUGGCCGGUUGCCGUGA